UUCAUGGCUGACGUCAGAUCAGUUUGCGGCCCGGAUGUUGACAGUGUUACGGCAGCGCAAUGGCUGCGUCCUGUGUUUGGAAGUGCUGCGACCAGGAGAGGGAACAGGCGGCCUGUAACAGUGCCGUAGUUGUUCAGUUUUCCAACGGCAAUUUGAAAAAUACAGACCAUGUGGACUUCAGCCUAUACAGGAAUAUCGACGUAAAUGCCCCCAGGAAAAAGAGCAGACGCAUUGUUGUGGCUGAGACGGACAGGCUUUCUUACGUUGCGAAUAACUUCGGACCCGAGUCGUUGAAAUGUAACACCCUUUGCAAGUAUUAUGUAGGCGUCCUUGACAAGAACACCAAGCGCAUGGAAGUGCAUAGUGCUCAGCUCUUCAAUAUGCACCCUAUAAUCCCAGGGGAAUCCAUCCCUGAGGACAAGACUGAAAAAAGCACAGCCACAUCUUACCGGGAGAAGGUGGACUCUCUGAUCGAGGCCUUCGGUACCAACAAGCAGAAACGGGCCCUGAACUCCAGGAGGCUGAAUCUAGUGGGCAGUGAGGCUCUGCACCACGCCGUGGCCAAAGCGGCUGACGGCAUCAUCAAGCAGAGGGGCGUGGAAGCCCUGGAGCAGGACGUGGCCCAAUCACAGGCGCAGAAUGACAUCAUGCACCACCUCCCACCCUGCCACGUCGACGCUUCCCGGCCUGAAGACGUUUAUCCCUUCGAUGAGCUCCUGUCCCCAGUGGAGUACGCCGCCCUGGAGGAAGCCGGCUCUAAGUUCGCGGAGCUCUCUGCGGAGGAGCUACAGAAGAUGGAGCAGGAGGGCAGUCCCAUGACGGUGCUCCUGCUGCUGCAGACCCUCCCCAGGGACACAGAGGCGCGGGAACGCCAAGCUCGCUGCGCCUGGUACCUCAACCAGCUCGUCAGACUGUCCCACCAGAAGAUGAACAUCAACCGUAAAGCUUUCGGCGAAGGCUGCCCCCGUGUGGUCCACAAUAAAAUAAUGAGGACCUUCACCAUCGAGGUGUUUAAUAGUGGCCGGCUGCAGAGCGUGGUCCCGACAUCGAUGCGGGUGAAGCUGGCCGCCCACUGCCUGGCUCUGCUGCUCCACGUGGGCCAGUGGACGGCCGAACUGACGCUGCUGCAGCGCGACCUGGGCCUGACGGACACCAAGAUGGUGGAGGUGGCCAAGUCCAUGGGGCUGAGGUUGAGCAAGCGCUACCCUGGGGCGGGUGACAUGGCCGGCCUGGAGGAGGAGCACCGGCUGGCCACCCUGGAACUGCCUCUGGUGAAAUACGACCAACCCAAACGACAGCACAAGCGCAAGAAGAUGACCUGAGGGCUGCGGGUGGGCCCUCGGCCCGACAAACCAGGCGUGGCAUGUGACGGGGGACAGAAUGGGAGGCGUCACGUGUCACAUGACACCCUGCCCUGUUAGGACUUCCCGAUUCUGUUGAUGUAUUAUGUAAAUGUAUGAUGAUAACUGUUGCCACUGUACGCCAAGCAUAAUCUACAUCAGUCUUCAGAUUUACAUUUUACUGGAUAAAAUUGUACCAAAAGUU